GGCUUCAUCCCAAAAGCGAUGUUCCUCGAACGCCUGGCCACCGACCGCGCGUCCGUAUCCGUCUUUCUGCUCCUCGCCAUCCUCAGCCUCUCCGCCCGCUUCACGCCCUGCCUCGCAACGCGCUACGGCGACCCCGUCCGCGCUACGGAGCACUUCAUGCGGCAGGCCGCGAGCCUCGUCCCGGACGAGAUGUACAGGCCCAGCCUCGAGCGGACGCAGGGUUUCUUUCUCCUCAGUGUCACGGAGUGGGGCCACGGGGACCGCGAUCGGAGCUUCAUGCAUAUGGGCAUCGCCGUGCGGAUGGCCGGCCUUCUUCGAUUGCAUCGAGAGGAGACCUACCGCCUCCCGCCAGACGCCUCGGCAGAGGACGUCAUCGCCUCCGAAGUCGCCAGACGCACAUUCUGGAUGAUAGCCAGCCAAGACAACCUCCAAUCCGCAAUGAACACGCCCGCCCCGUACUCGCUGCGCGACAUCAGCGCCCUCCUCCCGUGCGACGAGCAAGACUUCGCCUUCGGCACCGCCCCGCGCGUGCGCGCAGCCCUCGCGGGCACCGCCGCCGCGCGCGCGGCGCCCGCGCUCGUGGGCACGCCCUCGCGCUCGCUGUUCGCGGUGCUCAUACAGGCGCACAACCUCUGGGGCCAGGUCGCGCGGCGCGCGUGCCAGUGGGAGAGCGACCUCCCCGAGCGCGCGGGGGAGCGCGCGCGGCGCGACGACCUCGGGAGCCAGUGCGUCGCGCCGUGGGACGCGGAGAGCGAGUACGCGGGCCUGAAGCGCGCGCUGAGCGACUGGGAGCGGGGGUUGCCGGAGCGGCAUCGGUGGUCGAUACGGAAUCUGCGCGGGUAUAGGGCGGAGUCGCUUGAUUUGGCGUACCUCGCGAUCGUCAUGGUCCUGCGGCUGAGCAACAUCGUCAUGCGGCGCAUCUACCUCCCGUGCAUCUCCGAGGCGCCCUGGCAGGAGUCCGAGGACCCCACGUGGGCGGCGGUGCCGGCGCACUUCUGGGAAGACAUGGCGAGCGAGCUGUUCUCGGACGUGUGCGUCUUGUACGAGCAGAUCGACGCGUACUUCCCGCUCCGCUCGAACGGGUUCCCGCCCAUCAUCGUCUUUUGCGUGUAUAUAUGCGGCUCGCUCGCGUCGUACCUGUGGAAGUGGCCCCAGCUGUGCCCCGCGAUCGCGCCGCGCGCGGAGAAGAUCCUGCAGCGCACGUUGAGCGUGCUCACGGACCUGCAGCACGCGUGGCCCAAGGCAAGGAUAUGGCAGGCCUCGCUGCGCAACGCCGCCGUCGGCCUGCCCGAAUCGUCGUCGUCG